AUGUGGUCAGAGAAGGGGGCUCCGAGUUCUUGUUUGGGAGGACAAAGCAGAGGAUUACUUCAAGAACUUUCUGCAGCCCACCUCUCAGCUGAGAAGACAAACACUUUCAAAAAAGACAAAGUAUUGAAGUGGGUAGAAAUCUCGGGAUUUGAAGUAGUCAAUUGUGGAAAUUAUGGGCUGGGCCUUAACCGGAAGUCGGCCCUCUUCAUUCAUCAGAAGACCCACUCAGGAGGAAAGCCUUAUUUUUACAGUGAGUGUGGCCUAAGCUUUAGCUGUAACUCAGCUCUCGUCACAUGCACGAGGUCACACACAGGGGAGAAGCCUUACCUCUGCACAGAGUGAGGGCAGGCCUUCAGCCAGAAGUCAAACCUGGUCGCACACAAGAUGGCACACUCUGGGGAGAAGCCUUUCACAUGUGAGGAGUGUGGGCGAAGCUUUAGCCAGAAGUCAACCCUCAUCAGACACCUCAGGACCCACUCAGGAGAGAAGCCCUUUGGGUGCCGGCAGUGUGGGCGAGGCUUCAGGGAUAAGUCAAACCUUAUCACACACCAGAGGACUCACUCAUGGGGGAAGCCUUAUGCAUGCAGGGACUGUGGGAGGCUUUUUAGAGAUAAAUCAAGUCUCAGUAAACACCAGAGGAUUCAUUCAGGGGAGAAUGCUCAUCUGUGCAAUUACUGUGGCCGGACCUUUAGUCAGAAGUCAUACCUCAUAAAGCACAAGAGGACACACUCAGGAGAGAAGCCUUUUGUGUAUCCGGAGUGUGGACGAGGCUUUAGUGACAAGUCAAAUCUUACCACACACCAGAGGACACACUCAAGGGAGAACCCCUAUAUGUGUGCAGAAUGUGGACGAGGCUUUAGUGUGUCAGCUCUCAUUACACACCAGAGGACACACUCAGGGGAGAAGCAUUUUGUGCACAGGGAGUGUGGACGAGGCUUCAGACAGAAGUCACACCUCAUCAGUCAUCAGAGGACACACUCUGGGGAGAAGGCUUAUGUUUGCACCGAGUGUGGGCAAGGCUUUAGCCAGAAGGCAAAUCUGGUCAGGCACGAGAUGGCCCACUCAAGGGAGAAGCUCUUUGUGUGUAGGGAGUGUGGGCGAGGCUUCAGCCAGAAGUCGGCCCUUAUGAGACAUCAGAGGACUCAUUCCUGGGAGAAGCUUUACGUGUGCAAGAAGUGUGAGCGGGGCUUUAGUGAUAAGGCGACCCUCGGCACACAUCAGAGAACACACUCAGGGGAGAAGCCUGAUAUCUGCAGUCAGUGUGGGGAAGGCUUUAGGCUGAAAUUACUCCUUUUUAGACACCAGAGGUCACGUCUGCUGUAGAGAAGCUUUAAGCACAGGGAGUGUAGGCAAGGCUUUAGCAAUAAAUCAUACCUCAUCAUGCAAGAAAAGACAACUUUAGAGGAAAUCUCGUGUGUGCAACAGAUGGCCUUCUGAGAUA